UCGAUGUUGCAUCCGUCGGAGAGCCUUGUGUGCUUGCUUGGUGUCGGUGACCCAACGUGCGUGGUUGACCCAAUUGCAGCGCAUCAAGCCCGGAAACCCAUGUGUGCACUUCGAAAUGUGUUGGCAGCUUAUCAGGAAUCGGGGCCCUGGUGGAGAUUGCGGCCGUGACGAAAGCCGAACCAAGUAGUCGCGAUUCCGUGAGUCGCGAGAAUCGUCUGUCUACAGCUGACUACCAGAAGCAUAUAUAGUAGGACGUGCCUACCCCUACAUGUCAGGAAUUUCGUGGCCCACGGUAAUGCUGUUUUGGACUAUUUAGCGUUGCAACACCUGCCGUGCGCUAAUCUGACAUAAAGCUGGCAUCUGUAGACGAUUUUGGUGUGAGGAGGGUGUGAGUUGGGGACGGUGGUUAGGGGCUGGCUUGAUUGGGUACCUGGGAGUGAUUGCGAGGUUUUUGCAGUUAUUUGAGACUGGGAGUGUUAGUUCGGGGUGUGUGUGAUUCUAUAGAGUUUUGAUUUGAAAGGGGACGUUGAGGCAGGGCGGGUUGCGUGGGUUUCUCAGCAACGCGUCGGACGUGGGACAAGGAGAGCUCUUGUUAGAGUUAUUCCUGUAGAUUUGUUGCGGUUGGAGCUAUGGGAGUGGAAGGAAUGGACCUGCGGAGCGGAUUUUGUAAGAGCAACGGGAUUUAUUACAGUAUGAUGCCGUCGACCCCUUUACCCUCGUACCCAAUCGACCUCGUGACCCAUAUAUUUGCCCCAAAGUGUGGUGAUACCGUGGCAGUUGUGGAUGCUAGGAGUGGGAAGAAGCUCACAUUCGCCGAGCUUGAAGAAACUGUGCGCGUUGUCGCAGCUGGGCUGUGGCAGCACCUCCGCAUCAAGAAAUCGGAUGUGGUGUGCAUUCUCUCACCGAAUUCGAUUGAGUUCGAGAUUCUGUUCCUCGCGAUCGCGUCACUGGGCGGCAUCAUGACCACAUUGAACCCCUUGAACACAAAUGCGGACAUCAAGAAGCAGACUGCCACUGCAGGUGCUAAAUACAUAUUCACAGUUCCCGAGUUGCUUUCUAAGGCACAGUCUACGGGUUUACCUGUGGCUUUGAUCGAAGGUGACGCAACUAUUACGAAAGAAGACAACAAACCUAUCCUCCUCUACUCGGAUUUACUAUCAGCAGACUCUAAGAACAUCCCAAAUGUACAGGUGAGCCAAGAGGAUCCAGUGGCGAUUCUCUUUUCUUCAGGCACUACCGGGGAGAGCAAAGGCGUGGUACUCACGCACGGUAACAUAAUUGCCAUGUGCGGCGUGUUGUCGAGCCCCAAAGUGAGCGCAAAUUUGAACAAGGUUGUCCUCCACCUCAUUCCUAUGUUCCAUGUGUUUGGGCUCAUGGUAAGCGUGGGGAGCAUUGCUCGUGGAUCGACCGUGAUCGUGCUACCCCGCUUCGAUUUCAUCGAGAUGCUCUCAACCAUUCAGAACUACAAAGUCACGGCGUUCCCCUUGGUACCGCCGAUUCUAUUGAUGAUGAUCAAGCAGGACGUUGUGCGAAAGUAUGACAUGACAUCGCUCUUGAACAUCGGAUGCGGCGCUGCACCGUUGGGCAAGGAGCAACUUGAGCAAUGCGCAGUUCGCUUCCCGAACGCCAAGCUCCUCCAGGGCUAUGGCUUGACGGAAUCUACAGGUAUUGGGUCGGUGACACCUGGAGACGGAGCGGAGUUUGCUGACCAUUUUGGCUCAGCCGGGAUGCUCGCGCCUACUCUGGAGGCUAUGGUGGUGGAUCCUCUUACAAACCAGGCAGUUGCUCCGACGCACCAAGGCGAGCUUUGGUUGCGGGGACCCACAAUCAUGAGAGCAUAUGUCGGCAAUCCCAAAGCAACAGCUGAGACGAUCGACAAGGAUGGAUGGCUGCACACAGGCGAUUUAGUCUACUUCGACAACGAUGGCUACUUGUAUAUUGUAGACCGCCUGAAGGAACUUAUUAAAUAUAAGGCAAACCAGGUAGCCCCUGCAGAGCUGGAGUCACUUCUUUUAAGCCAUCCUGCAGUCCUGGAUUGCGCAGUCAUACCAUUCCCAGAUGAUGAUGCUGGAGAAAUUCCCAUGGCUUACAUCGUCAAGAAGCCUGAAAGUGUCAUCACCGGUGGAGAAAUCAUGCAGUUCGUUGCAAAGCAAGUGGCACCAUACAAGAAGGUUCGAAAGGUUGCCUUCAUCGACUCUAUUCCAAAGUCAGCCGCAGGCAAGAUGGAGCGACGCAAGCUUGUGGAGCUUUCACGCCUCCAGUCCAAGUUGUAGUGCAACGAUUAACCCCACUUCUGCACCUCAUAUUGAGCAAGAAAGUGAGAUCAGCUGUGCAGUGCUUGUAGGUUCAACGUUGAACGUGAAAGCAGCUGCAAUGCCAAGCUCAAGUUACUGAGGCAUGAAGGCAUGGACGUCAUGAACAAUAAUCACCAGCAAAUGUAAAAUACUCUCACUUUCUCCUGCAAACUGCUUACUGUUCACUAAAGCUCUUGGAAGAACUGUUGGAUUCCUGUUACGAUGGUUGUUUCCAAUUCAAGAGAUUAGAAUUCGACGAGCUCAAGCUCCAUUUCCUGCUUGAAGGCCAAGCUCAAAGCCAAACACUUUUGAUAGCUUGUAGAAGAAAAUCUUUGAUGCGUCGGUCUCACUUGGAUCGGUGAAGACAGACGUGUGUUCGCAAUAGACUUUGUUCUUGCAUCAUUGGAUUGCUCCUUUCAUGAGCUCCAAUGAGCAAGUUCUUCACUGCGAAGCAUAAUUUUAAUUUGUGUCUGAAGGUGCAUUUUAA